AUGACCAAAAUACACGAUAUAAAAUACAUCGAUGAAAUCAACUAUGCAAUUGAGGGAUUUUCAAGUGGAGAUGAGGAAUGCUCGUUGCAGAUGAUUAUCAAGAUGAUGCAGGAUGAGCAUUUUAAGGCAUUCAUGAAAGAAUCAAAAUAUCUUGUACAGGUUGUGUAUGCAAUGGCUAAUGCAAAGACACCAACAAGGUUGUGCAGUGAAGCAUUACAUGUAAUCACGGAGGCAUUCAAUCCUUACUCCUUUGAAGACAUGGAUGCAUUAUUUGGCAUACUACUGCAAAUAUUGAAUAGCUCGUUAUGCAAUGAGUGCAUGCAUUCAUGCAUUGCUUCACAAGUAAAUAAAAUAAUUGGAAUAAUGCGCAGGAUUCCAAUUAGGUGGUACUGCAGAUACACUGAAUGUAUAGAUCUUGAGAAGCUCAUUCAUGAAUUGCAGAUACUGAUUGGAAAGCGAGUUGUGAAAUGGAGUAGGUUUGUGUGUUUGGUAUUAUCUACGUGUUGUAAGUUUACGCUUGAGGAUAAAUUCAUCGGUAGGAUGCUUACAAGACGAGAUUACAGAACACUUGGGAUAUACACACAAUCUGAAGAGAAUGUUGUCAGACUUGCAUCGAGAGAUUUUGUGAUGCAUAGGCUUGCUAAUGCAGUGCGUAGCGAAUUUGGCAAUAGAAGUAGAAAAGUGAUUAGUAUGAAUGAUAGUGAAUUAUGCACAUCAACAAAUGCUGUGGUGAUUAUUGAUCGAAUUGAUGCGCAUGAGAAAGCGAGCAAUACAUCUAGAUGCGAAAAUGCAAAGAGAGACCUACUUGCGGUAAUGAUAAAUUUGGCAUGUGUGAAUAUUUGCCUGGACAUACCAUUAAAACUGAUUGAAGAGAUGCACAAUACAACAGACAGUACUACAAAGUGUUAUGCAGCAAUGCUUCUACUCGUAUCACCAAAUUUUAUGAAUGAGUUGCCGUGCAUUGAUGUAGAGAGUCUUAAACAAAAUGCCAGGAGACUUGAAUAUGCUGCUAAUUGUUUGGUGAGUAAGACACAUCUGAGUAGAUUGAUUAGCCUGCUGUAUAAGAGUGGAUAG